UACUAAUUAGAUCUUGGGAGUGAAAGGGUUAAGCUGUUCAGGUUAAACCUGUUCUGAAACAUUGAUCUUAUAGCCUCGCAGUUGAAAGACUUCGUGGGAAACGCUCGCUUAAAAAUGUCUUCUACAGCUGAUGUUAUCCUAUAUGGUGGUAGUAUUAUCACUAUGGAUGAAAAAAAUCCUUCUGCUGAAGCUCUAGCCGUCACAGGAAAUAUCAUUACAGCGGUAGGAAAACUAGAUGAAGUGUUUGCCCUAGCGGGUGAGACGACGAAAGUUAUCUAUCUGAAUCAAAAAACCCUUCUCCCGGGCUUCAUUGAGCCACACACGCAUGCUACGGCAUUGGUCCUGGUUAACACGGCGUACACUAACAUUAGUGGCUAUGAUUACCACACAUAUAACGACGUAAACGAAAAAAUGAAGGAGACUAUUCGUAAACUCGACACAGAAACCUCUCCUCUCCCAUGGGCGUUGUUCUUUGGUUGGGACCCAGAGCUUAUCCCUAGCUUGCCAUUGCUUUCUGCGGACUUUCUGGAUAAAGUAUUUUCGUCUGAAGUCCCCGUCGUUGUGGUUGGCCAGAGCGGUCAUGUUGCCUGGGUAAAUCGGAAAGCUUUUGAGGUGGCUAAUGUAGAUGACUCAAUCGAAAAUGCGGAUGGCGGAGUGUUUGUCAAAGAUGAUGAAGGACAUCUGACUGGUCAGCUGUUUGAGGUGUAUGCAAUAGAACGUGUCACAAGCUAUGCACCACAACCAACACUUUCAGAUUUACAGACAAAAAUAAAAGACCAAUGGAAAGAUUUUGCUUCUCGGGGCUUCACAACAGUCACUGAAAUGGCUUACCAAAGAAACCCAGCGUUUGACACCCUCCUCUUGAAGGAGUCUGAACAAAGAGACUGUCCCAUCCGCCUAGCCCUGUACCAAGUGGUCUACGACCAAGAUGAACCAAUCAUUGAGGGGUCUGACAAGCUGUGGGUAGCUGGUGUGAAGGUUAUUGCAGAUGGCUCCCCUCACUGCGGUACUGCUGCAGUACAGGAGCCAUAUUUGAAUUCCAAUCUCACUGAGAUACUUGGAUUCCCCGAAUCUCCACAAUACGGCACCCUUAAUUAUACCACAGAUGAGCUUUUGGAAAUUGUUCAGUCCUACCAUAAGAAGGGUACCCAGAUUGCAAUUCAUGCUCAUGGGGAACGAGCCAUUGAUCAAGUGCUUACGGUGUAUGAACAGGUUGUAAGCAAAGUUCCCAAGGACACACGUCACCGCAUUGAACAUCUUGGAUUGGCCACCGUAGAUACCAUUGCACGGGCUGGAGAACUCAAGCUUGCCUUGUCCUUCUUUGUGUGUCAUCUUUAUUUCUAUGCAAAAUCAUUUACAGAAUAUAUCUUUGGGAGAGAACGCACUGACCGUUGGACACCCUUAUCAGAA